GCAGCCACUUUGUGAUUGGUUAGCGUUUCUAUCCGGCACGGAUUUCUGAGCUCUGAUUGGUCGAGGGGCGGGUUUAACGUUGAAUGAACACAGGAAGUGUUCACCAGCGUGAGACUGCAGUUUGACGUUCGCCGGAGCUAUUGCAGAAAAUAAGUUCCUUAUCGUCAGUAUUAAACCUCAGAGUAAAGAUGGUGGACUCCCAGUACUACCUCCCAAAUGACAUUGGUGUCUCUGCGCUCGACUGUGGCGAGGCCUUCCGUUUGCUUUCACCUCAGGAGAAGAUGUACGCCCACUACCUGUCACGCGCCGCUUGGUAUGGUGGUCUGGCAGUGCUGCUGCAGACUUCCCCGGAGUCGGCAAACAUCUUUGUGUUGCUGCAGAAGAUUUUCAGGAAGCAGACGCCUGCACAGCUGGAACAGGUCGCUACAGCCGCUGGACUCAGCGCUGAGGAGUACCAGGCCUUCUUGGUGUAUGCAGCUGGUCUGUAUGCCAACAUGGGAAACUACAAGUCCUUCGGAGACACCAAGUUCAUCCCAAAUCUGCCGAAGGACAAGCUGGAAGCUCUGGUGAAGGCCAGCCAGGCCUUCCAGGAGCAGCCUGCCGAGAUGGAGGCUCUGUGGGACAGCUGCUCGUGUCCUCUCUACUCCCUGGAAGACAAACAGAAACAGCUGGGACUGGGUGACAAGGGAAUUACCACCUACUUCUCAGGAAACUGCUGCCUGGAGGAUGCUGAGCUGGCUCAGAAGUUCCUUGACUCAAAGAAACUGUCUGCUUACAACACCCGCCUGUUCAAGAGGGAUAAUGGAGGUAAAGCCUGCUACGAGGUGCGCUUGGCUUCAGCUGUGCAGAAAGACUGCGCAGUGGAGGGGGAAUGUGAGUCCUGCUGCGGCAGCUUCAGCUUUGAAGACAAAGAGUUCACUGUGAAGAGGGGAGACUACGCUUCUCUCAUGGAGAAAGUCAGCUGCUCUCUCAAACAAGCAGAGGCGUACGCUGCCAAUGACAACCAGAGGAAGAUGCUGGAGGAGUACAGGCGCAGCUUCACUUUCGGCUCCAUCGACGCUCAUAAAGAAGGCUCGCGCUACUGGAUCAAAGACAAAGGACCAAUUGUUGAGAGUUAUAUAGGUUUCAUAGAGAGCUACAGGGACCCAUUUGGAUCCAGAGGAGAGUUUGAAGGUUUCGUCGCGGUUGUGAACAAGGCCAUGAGUGAGCGUUUUGCCAAACUGGUCGGCUCUGCGGAGGUCUUGCUCCCCGAGCUGCCGUGGCCCCGGGAGUUUGAGAAGGACACUUUCCUUAAACCGGACUUCACCUCGCUGGAUGUCCUCACCUUCGCUGGGAGUGGAAUACCAGCCGGCAUCAACAUCCCAAACUACGACGACAUCAGACAGUCGGAGGGCUUUAAAAACGUGUCGCUAGGCAACGUGCUAGCUGUAGCCUACGCUACGCAGAAAGAAAAGCUCACCUUCCUGAAGGAGGAGGACAAGGAUUUGUUUAUCAAGUGGAAGGGGCCUUCCUUUGAGGUGCAGGUCGGACUCCAUGAGCUGCUGGGACACGGAAGUGGGAAACUGUUUGUCCAGGACGACAAGGGCAAGUUCAACUUUGACCAGAGCAAGGUGAUCAAUCCAGAGACCGGAGAGCCAGUGUCCAGUUGGUAUCGAGGCAGCGAGACAUGGGACAGUAAAUUCUCCACGAUCGCCUCCUCAUAUGAAGAAUGCCGCGCCGAGUGUGUCGGACUCUACCUGUGUCUCAAAAACCAAGUGCUCAGUAUUUUUGGCCAUGACGGCCAGGAUGCAGAGGAUGUGGUGUACAUCAACUGGCUCAGCAUGGUCAGAGCCGGACUGUUGGGCCUGGAGUUCUACACACCUGAGAGCAAGAGCUGGAGACAGGCUCACAUGCAGGCUCGUUUCGUGAUCCUGCGUGUUCUGCUGGAGGCCGGGGAGGGCCUGGUGGGCCUGGAGGAGGUGACGGGACAGGACGGCAAGCCCGACGCCCGAAUCACACUGGACAGAAGUAAAAUCCACACUGUGGGCAAGAACGCCAUCCACAGGUUCCUGUGUAAACUGCAGGUCCUCAAGUCAACAGCAGAUGUUGAAGGAGGCCGGGCUCUCUACGACGGAUACUCCACCGUCAGUGACAGCGGCGCUCAUAACUUCCUGCGUCUACGCGAGACGGUACUGCUGAGGAAGGAAGCUCGUAAGAUGUUUGUCCAGGCCAACACCAGAGUCAGCGGAGACAACGUCGAGCUGGUGGAAUACGAAGGCAGUGCAGCAGGUUUGAUCCAAUCCUUCACCGAGCGCUUCCAAGACGAGGCAGAGCAGCUGGAGGCCGACCUGCUGGAGAUGAACAGAAGAGACGCCCCCUGCUGGUGCUGAUGGACGGCUCAUCUGCACCAGACGCUUCAGUAAUACAUUCAACUGCAAAACGAUCCAAAAUCCUUUUAGAAAGCACUUCUGAACAGAGUAAAUUAAAGUUUCAUACUUCAGAUAAAGCCAUAAGACAAGAACAGAUCUGCCAAAGACACCAGCCACGGUCCAAUAUCAGGUCGACCAUUGAUUACUGGAUCAAAUACAAAACAAUGAGCUAAUGAUUAAUGUCGCACACAUUUUUCUAAUGAAAAGCACUGAGAACUAUUCAUUAAACCAACAUCUGUCAAUGAGAAUGGUUAAAAAAAAUGACUAAAAGUUACUGUAGUUCAUUUUUUAAUCAGGACAAAAUGGAAAAAAACAGAAAUCUUUGCAAAGUGCUCAUGAUGACAUUCUGUCGGUGCUUUGAAUGAUGUUCAUGAAUCAGUUUUUACAGUCAACUUUUAAACUCAAAAUUUCUCCUUCUUUUUCCAGUAAGCUGAAUGUUUUGGUGUUAACGAUGAUUUGACAGGUCAGAGCUGUUAACGAGCUGCCAGACAGCUGAAUGUUGACUGAGAGGCAUAAAAACACUUGUAUCUGCCCAGUUUGGUGUAAAGAAGUUUGGAUUGCUUGAGUGAAAAUGUUCUGUGUCUCGACGGCCUACAAAAGACGAUGUACGCAAGAAAUAUGUUUAAUCUGCACAAAUAAAAUUUGUUUGAUAAGA